UUAGCGAAUUUGUCGGCGCAGCGCGAGAUAUAAAAUGAUUACUUUUGUUUAUAAUUCCAUCAUAUAUAUUUAAAGAUGGCGAACAUGAUUGGAAAUUGACUAAGCUACUUAAAUACUUUGGCUCCGACAACCAAGACAAUAUAUAGCAUCAGGGGAUAAAACAAUUGACGGUAAUUAAGUUAUGCUGUCGUAAAGAAUGGCCUGCGAGACGUUUGCUGUCAUGGGUGAAUAUUUUGAACAGUACAACUACCCCACUUUUGAGCCGAUGCACACAGGUUGGAAUGAAUACGACCACUAUGAAGGGGACUACCAUUAUGACAGCGGAGUAACUUAUGAUAUUGCUCUACAAAAUGACUGCUAUUUUGAACAUUCUGGUGAAGAUGGGUGUCUUAAUCAAGAAGUGUCUUCAGGGAAUAGUGUGUGUUAUGAAUUUGAAAUGCAAAAUAAACACAAUCUCGAGAAAAGGUACCCGGAUAAAACAAACGAUGUGGACUUAGUGAGACAUGGGGCUACGGUGAGGGAGAGGAACCGGAUGCACAUGUUAAACGAUGCUUUCGACGAACUUCGUAAAGUAGUUCCGAAAAAUAACUUGGGUGAGCAUCAAAAAUUGUCAAAAAUAGCUACCCUAAGAUUAGCUAUUCGAUACAUCUCGUCUUUGACAAAGACUUUGAAAGAUGCCGGAGUGGAAGUCCGAAUCGUUAAGAGUUCGGGUAUCACAGAUCGUAGAGGAAAACGACGAGGUGUUCGAAGGUCUGCUGUAGAAAAGUCACCAAGAUUUUCCGAGUAAAUGUUGCGGAAACUUUUUUUUUUCUUUAGAAAAUUGUUAAUAUACUUCAUUUAAAAUGAAAACAUUAUUUAAAAUCAGCGCUUCAAAGGGGAUUAAACGAGAAACUGGAUACAGUAAAAGUGGCGGCUUAGUUCGUGUAUGUGUAUAUAUAGAGUAGUGUAUGGAAAUGAAAGUCGUGGAUUAGUUCGUGUAUGUGUAUAUAUAGAGUAGUGUAUGGAAAUGAAAGUUGUGGAUUACAUGUAGCAUGACUUGUGGUAGGUUUCAAGACCAGAAACACUAAAAACUGUACAUUUAUAAUAUGGUGGCUUAUACACCAAGGUUGUGUAAAACCAUAGUAUUCAAGAAUUGUGUCGUAUAAAUUAGAUAUUACCUUGAAAAAUAUAGAUGUUGUUUCUUCUUUAGUUUUCAUGAGUAUUUUUCAGACCUCAUAACAUAUACGAAAAAAUAUGAAGAAAAUGUAACCGUCAAAGAUAUGGCCCUGACUAAACUUUAUUACUAAUUAUAUUCUCUUCACAGUGCGCAGGGUGUGGAGAUAUUGUAUAACAAAUCAAUAUUACAUGUAUACAAAUAUAAUUUAUAAUUUUCGUCAUACAAAUAUCUAUGAUUUUAUAAAAAAAAAAAUUGACAAAUAAAAAUGGGAUGGAUUUCAAUCUUUUUGCAUCAUUUUAAAUGGUAGGCAUAUGUUCAGUUACAUAGUUAAAUUCUUCGUCGUCAUAUUCCAUGAUUAUUUGAAAUUUCCUUUUAAUUUACAAUGUGAAAUUUGCCCACAAAAUGUAUCUUUACAUAACCAAAGCCUCGUAAAAAUGAAAAAACAAAACAAAAAAACAAACAAACAAAAAACCCACAGCUACACAUGAAAAUGUUAAAAGCAUCAAUUAUGCAUUAAAAACACACAAUAUCUCGAGAAAACACUAAGUUCCUUAAAUCAAUAUGGAGGAUUCUCUCUUGAUUGUUAGUCUAUUACACAUUUCGGUACUCCGACAUAAGGCACACCUCGGACUAACACUGAUAUACAGGUAAUUACUAUGAAUUCUUAUUUCUAUGUUCUUUUGGAGUCAUAUUCCGAUGAGGUCUCUGAGCGCCGUCUACCGCACGUGCUUUUAUUUCUGGAUCACAGAUUAUUAUAAAACAUAUAAGCUUAUUAACGGAGGACGCUUGUUAAAAGGUCACCAUUACAUGUAAUGAGGCUAUGAGCACUUAUGAAAGGUAUAAGUACCAUGGAAACAGAAUGAAAUAUUGUCCUUUAAUAUUCUACUAAACACACACCAAUCGAACACGUCUCCUCAAUAAAAUAUUGUCCUUUAAUAUUCUACUAAACACACACCAAUCGAACACGUCUCCCCAAGAGCAAAAACACGUUUCAAAAGUUUCUAUUCUUAUAUGGUGAUUAUGGCAGUAGGAUGUCAUUAAUUUAUCCGUUGAAAUCCACUUAAGGUAGCUCCACUCUCAUGUGACUUAUCAAUUUUAAUGGCUGAAAGUGGAAAAACUGUAUUAUUUUCCUCUCAAUAUAGUUUGAUUUAAUUAAUAACCAAAGAAAAUGUGUAUGUUGCCACCUUUGGAAAAUACCAAUUUGUUACCCCUUUUUUAUUUUAUCCAGUGAAUAAAUUUCCUAUGAAAGGUA